CAAGGGUCCAUAAAAAUAAACCCAUAUAUCCUACUUCAUCCUACACCAUCUCACACAGCUGAGCACCAUCUUCUGUCCUCUCCUUGAAAGUGUUUUCGCGCCCGCGACUGUCCCUCCUUCUUUCCCCCCGCGCCAGCGCCAUCCGUUACUCUCCGCAAGCCUCGUCCCACCCCAACAUUGCUCAAUUCUUCAGCCGCAGCCUUCGAUGCAGCCUGACUGACCUAUCCCCGUCGCAAGGCAGGCAGUCAUGUACUUUUGAGCACCCACCUGCUUCCUGCAUUCAACAUCCAGCACAUCACGCUGAUCACCCCCAUCGUCCGCCUAACAAUUUCCGCGAAUCCUUUGUUUUCCUGCUCGAAGUCCGUCAUUUGCUUCUGCCACACUUGUCACAACACUACCCCUCGUCUAUGAACCCGUAAAGUCGCGAAAAUUAAUAAUGUCUGCUCGCGGAGCACGAUCCCGCAAGGCCGUCGCAAAAGAUAUCGAAAAGAAGGAAAAGAAAGCUGCAUCAAACAAGAAGCCCGUUGAAUCGAUCCGAAGACCCCACGACGCGUUCACUGAUUGGCGUCCCACGCUGAACCGAAGUGGGAGGGACACGAGCACGGGCAUCCCGUCAAGGUCGAUAACCAUAUCCAGCGAUGCCAGCCGUGCGACUUCGAGAAGCAGCUCGACGCAUGCCAGUAGUGGCAGACCUCGUUUAAAUACCAUCGAUUCCCAAGACUCACUCGACUUCAAGGCGUUUCAUAGACCGAUGACCUCGCAAAGUGGUUCAGCAUCUAUCUCCGAGAGUUCCACCCAAGGGAAGGAGAAGACCAAGUACGACGCUAAUCGAAAGGGAUCCAAAGCACCUAGGGGAAGAGGUGGGGGUGUCCCGGUAAAGAAGACUGUUGUUAGCUCUCCCCCGCCUCCCUUAUUCAGAAACGAAUCGAGUGCUUCACAUGUUCCUACAAACCACAAGACAUGGCAGAACUUCCGCAUUUGGGAAGGCGGCGAGUCUGGGCUCCGUCCAUAUGGUGGUUUUGAAUAUGACGAGCAUAUGCAGAGUGGCAAUGUACUAAUUUAUUUCACAGAAGAGCAAGUAUCUGAGGAUCGGCCAGUUCCUCAGAUACGGGCAGAUCUAGAAACACUUGAGAAGUCGGGUUCAACAUGGUUGAGCAACGCUCUACUGUAUGGCAGGAUCGACGACAAUGAGGAUGAAUGGACGCUUCCGGGUAGUCCUGAAUCGUCUGUCGGCCCAAGUCAGUUCCCUGGCGCUGGACAAGGACAGCGAAGGAUGCUCGGCCCAACAUCGCCAGGAGGGAGAUCUCCGCCACCAUUCAAUAUCGACCAAGCCUACUACAGAGGGACAAUGUCCGAAACUUCAUCAAGGAACCCGUCUUAUUACCCUCCAGGGAGUGGUUUAGCGGGCCAUUUAUCACCCCCACCCUCUAAUCGCCCCAACGAAACGACGCCUACUCAUGAACUAUGGUUUACAGCUCCUGCUCAUCUUCGAACUCCUCAAGCACAACGGCUACACCAUGUCGCUGUCCGGAAUUUCAUUGCUAUGUUGCAUAAUAAACCCAUUGUCGGUGCGGAUCUAUUCGAGAUGUUGUCAACACUGCAGCCAGAGAUACAAGUCAUGUAUGAUCUGGAUCACACUGAACAGUCUAGAACAACCCCACGAGAAAGGAGUGUUCAAAUGAUCACUCAAUACCUCACUAGUCAUGGGCUAGAUGAUAUGCGAAAUAGUAUCAAGCUUGCUCUUGGACUCCUGGCAUGGUCUGAACAAGAGAGUGUGAAAUGGCGCCAAGGAUACCUUGAGAGCUUUGUCCACCUUGCCGGCAUCAUGUCUCCUCAGAUCGAAGAUCUCCCAGACUUCAAGAGACUCUCGAUUGUAACUAGGAGGAAUCUCGGGAUUGCUGCCAAAACAUUGCAAUUACAGAUUCUGGAAACUGAGGAGAAACUGGCCACAUUCGAUUUUGCCGACUUGUGGGAAGACACACCAAAAGCGAUCGGAGGAGCCGUCUAUCAAAAUUACAAUGGCUUCCGUGCCUUUUUGGUCGACUACUACACUAAGAUAUACGGAAACUGGCCUCCAAAUCAAGGGAAGAGCUGGUUGAACCGAAAAAUGGUGUUAGGCCUGCAGGAAGACUUUGGCUCCCUCUAUGACUAUCUAGUCAAUCGAGACGUCAUAUGGGACUCCCGGGAGGAACGUCCAGGCAAGAAAUGGAAAUUAGUGAACCGGUGUACCGAAGACUUCUCCCCCGAUUUCCCAGAUCUUGCUCUCACAGAUAUGCUUGUGUCGUUCGAUAACAGGCAUGGGUAUCUCCAUAUUCCGCAUCCAUAUCCGCUUUUGCCUAGAGAGGUGCCGCAAAUCAAGUCGCCGCAGAAGAGGAGUUUCUUUAGUGGGCUGAAGAAAUCGAAGGUCGAUACUAAGAAGGAUGAGAAGGCGCAUCUGCAGCUUUCCAUUGUGUUUAGCGACGCGACUAAUAUUGAGAAAUUGGAUGUUUCUUUCAACGGAAGCACUCUUAUCGACCAAUUCGAACGCUUCGAACUCAGCGCUGACCUCAAAUCUGUCACGCCCCGCGAAGCUCGCCUCGGUCGCUGGGUCCUGCUCUACGGCAUCCUGCAAGUGCUUUCUGAACUCUCCGUGGAUAUCCAGGGCCUCAAAUGGACUGAGGGGGUCCGCUACUUCCUCUGCACCGAUCUCAAGAGAUGCCCCGAUUGGGUGACAAACGGGCAAGCGGAGUACAUGGAGGCCUCACAACAACGGAGUUGGUGCUGGCAGCGCUCUUGGGAUCCUACGCCUAUUGCAGGCGCGCCGGUUGAGCUCGAGGGGUCAUGCGUUCCUGUUGGUGCUGAGAUUGACGGCGGUGGCAGUGGUACCAUGCGAAGCGAGGAUGCACAAAGUCUCGACGGCACCACGAUGCUCAACAAUGACAUCCGCCGCAUUAGCGAGAAGAUCGAUGACAUGGGUCGAAUGAGACAAUACGAACGACGCAUUGAAAAUGAGAAGAUCAAGCAGGAAGAAUUUGGGAAAACGAAACGGGAUCAAUCGUACCGUCUUACGGAGAGUGACUUUGUGGACAGGCCAUUAGUACCAUCUAGGAGCCCUCUCAGGAGCCCUGCAAGCCCCGCAAGCCCACACGUGUAUGGAAACUACCAGCCCAUGAGUCCGCAUGCUAUGAGUCCCCAGGCCAUGAGCCCACAUGCACUGAGUCCCCAGGGUUACGUUCCGCAGACUUUGAGCAACCGGGUGUACUAUCAGGAGGAUAAGCCAGGGUGGGCUUGAGCAUUCGCCUUUUAUUUCUUUUCUUGAAUUGUGUGUUAACACUUUGCUUGAUACCCUUUGGCGCUAUUUGGAUCACAUUUUCUCAGGGUGGUACGGAAAAGUUGGAUUGAGGGCGCGCGUAUGUGAAUAUACAGGGUUAUGCGAGGAUGUCAUAUUCCUUCCGGAGGCUUUGUGUUGGGGUGGAGUCUACAGUUGGGUAGUCCGUGUGAGUCGUAGCGCUAACCGCCCGGAUCGUUUCAUGGUACAGCAAAGCCUUCUUCGCCUCGAAGUUUACCCUACUUAGCUAAGUACUCGGGUUCGUAACGGGAUCUGCUGGAGUCCUUCGGUGUUUUUCCACUGUCAAGGAUGUCUGGAACUCGAUGAAAUCUUUUUAUUUUAUUUCAUGCGGCGUCAUGUAUCUGGAAGCUGGUUAGGGAGGUGAAUGGCUAGCACCUAAACAUACAU